GCAAAAGUGUGCGCUAUACCCAGACACUAUAUUUUCGCAUGAAGGACCUUGUGUUUGUUGGCAUGCGGCCAUACGACGAAAAGCCAUUGGAGAAGAUAUUAAAGGAAGAGCUUGGUGAAGAUACUGUGAUGGCUGAUAUAAAAGAACCAAAGAUAAUUGUAACUGGAGUUUUGGCAGACCGUUUCCCAGCUGAUCUUCACCUAUUUCGCAACUACACAUCAGGGGAGCACCUGUUGCAAGCUCAUGGAGGAAAUGCAUUUACUCCAACUCCUCCACCAGAACAGCAACUUGUGUGGCGUGCAGCUAGAGCUUCAGGAGCUGCUCCAUCUUAUUUCAGGUCAUAUGGACGUUUUAUUGAUGGUGGCCUCAUAUCCAACAACCCUACACUAGAUGUUCUAACAGAAAUAGCAGAGCACAACACUUCAUUGAAUAUAGUUGGAAGAACAAAAGAAGUAGUAAAGCCAUCAGUUGUUUUAUCACUUGGAACAGGCAAGCCUCCAGUAGCGAAAGUUGAUGCCAUAGAUUGCUUCAAGCCAGAAAGCAUGUGGAGUACAGUGAGGAUGGCCUUUGGCCUAUCAAAUGUGGCUAAGCUUCUUGUUGAUCAGGCAACAAUGGCAGAUAAUCGUACAGUUGAUCGUGCACGAGCAUGGUGUGGAAUGUGUGGGAUAGCUUAUUUACGGCUCUCCCCACAAUUGUCUCUGGAUGUGCAGCUUGAUGAGACAAGGGAUGAAAUUCUGGUCAACUCUCUUUGGGAAACCAUGGUGUACAUACGUUCAAAAAAAGAACAAAUACAUCAGAUUGCAGCUUUGCUCACUGCAGGUGUACCUUCUCCUGCUGAGUAAAAGAUCUUGGUCCUUAGAUAUAGAACAUUUGGAAAGUUUGGAGGAAGAACACUACUGGGAAAUGUAACCAUCGGAUGAUUACUGUGUGUCUAUUUUUUAAAAUUGUAUCUUAUGAAUAAUGAGUAAGUUCAUUAUAAGGAUUUGAUUCCAGAAGAUGUAGAGAUUAUGAAAUGGAUUUCAUUAUGUAUUUAUUUCCGCAUUUAUUUAAUAAUGAUUUUAAUCCAUUCCCUACAAUGAUUGAAAUAUUCCAAAGAGUAUAGGGCUUUAAGAGGUAUAUAAAACUAAAAAAUAAAUGUAAUUUAAGCUGAUACUUUGGAGGACAUGCUAGUUUAGAAAAUAUAACAAAAUAUUAGACUAGUCCUAAGUAGUCUCUUUUAUGUGACAGAUGAACAGAAGAAUAAUUGUUUUAUAGCAAGGUCAUGGAUUUUUAGGGAAGAUUGGAUGUAUAGCAUUUUGUUCAGGUCUUUAAGGGAUGGUAACAACCAAUGUAUAAUUAGGAAUAUAAAUUCUGAAAUGACAACAGAAAAAGAAAUAGUAUUUCCUUAGUUUUAAAGUACUUCUGAAGAGAACCAUAUUAUUUACGUUAGUAAAAUAUGGCUGCUCUCUAGACAAGAAGGGAGACAACCCAUGGAUAAAUAAAUAGAAAGAACGAUAUACUAUACAUAGUGGAUUAUAAGCCAUCUAGUCAUGCAUCACAGGUAUGCAGAUUAUGAGAUUUACUUUUUAAGCAUCAGUUUAUGUAAUACGGGUGUUGUCUGUCAAGACUACUCUUGGCCUAACCCUCAGUCUGAUGUAACCUUCAUGUAGGUACAAGCUGUUAUAUUUUAACCCAUUGGAUUUGGGUAGUGUCACCUGGCCUGUGGCUGUUUUACUCGGUGACAGCAUGUUCACAUCACCUGGCCCUCGAUUUUCCAUGACAGGACUGUAAUGUCAUCCAGAUUGUAGGGGGUUAUGGCUUUGUAGAUAAUGCAGAAAAAAUUAACUGUGCAAGCUGUUAUGAAAUAAUAAGUUUUAAUUCAAAUGGUUUGUCACAUAUAGUGUUAUUACAUUGACUUUUACAUGUUUCUGCAGUGAUUUAUCCAGAAUUUUAUUUUAUUUUAGUUUGAAGGAUAAUUGAAUGUUCAUAUAAAGAUAGAAAUAUUCAAGAACUCAAAUUCCAUGGGAUCUAGUAUAUCCAGAUUUAUUAUUGUUUGAAUUGUAAGAUUAUACAGGUAUACAUGAUUUUAUGUAGCAGUUACAUUUAAAAGGACAUGCUUAUUGCUUUGCCUAUGUAAUAUAGUGCAUAGUUUAUGAGAUUUUGAUUUUAUUUGAAUACAUUAACAUAUACAAUGAAUAUAUAUUUCCAUUCAUAUAUAAAGUGUGUGUAAUAUAUAUCUCUGUGGCCAUAAACUAUGUGCAUGAUAUCUUGGAGUUGAUUUUGCAUAUCUACUGCUAUCAGGUAGAUUUUUUUGUGGUAGAGUUUGUAAUUGAAAUAAAGUUUAUAUCCCAGUGAGAAAAUGUGUAAUAUCAAUGGAAAACAUAUUAUACUUGAGUGCUUUUUGUGGACUCAGUGAAAGUUUGUAUAAUUGUAUGUUACAUGUUUUUUUUAAAUGGUGUUGUGGGUAUAUGAAAUAUUAUUUUAAGAUAGGGGCAUAGUUGAUGAAAAAUAAUUGAAUAUUUAUUGAUAUAUAGUGUUAAAAAAAUAAAAUAUGAAAAAAGAUAAGAACAGAAAAAAUCACAAUAUAAGUUUAUUGUUUAGAUAGGACAACAGAUUUCAAAAUUGUUUCUAUAAACAUUUAUUUGCUUAUAUUGUUUUUUCUACCAUUGUAUCAAUACAACAGUGAUUUGCUAUUCCUGAAGGGCAUGUUAAGCAACUUUGAGUUCUUUAGAAACCUAAUGAAAGAAGUCUGAAUUUCCAUGAGUAA